AUGACUUCGUUUUUGUUUCCAGCAACAACGGCAUCCCAAGGUUUGCGAUUGCGCAACAAUUAUGGCCUGGUAUACACAGACAUUGUCAGGGCGUCAUCUGACUCCAUCGACGCCCUGUCCCUAUAUCGUGAUCUCCUCUUCUCCCGCAGUCCCGACGCAGACAGUGUUGGCUUUGCCGCAUUUGAUGCCCACGUCGGAGAUACCUCAUGCCAGGUCCGUGCCGCUAUGCUGCUUGACUUGACGAGGCAACAUAGAAAAUGGGCAUCAGAGAGCAGCAAGGCUAUCUGGCUGGACGACUACAUCCAGCGACUCAUCCUUGUGCGUGAAAGGGCUAAAGGCAUUCUCGCUGACUUGACCAUCCGUCGCAUCCACCCAGCAAAAUUGGGCAUUGGCGCGACAGAAGACACGCCAGCGGGGAUCCUGAGUAACUUGGGGUGGAAAGAGCCUGACGUGGCUCAACGGGUGGAUGCUCUUUAUCAGCGCGCCAUACCCGCACUCACCAACGCAUACAAGCUGCAGCCGUUGAAGGAGUCUGAGAAAAGCCUACCCUUCGCGCUACAGGACCCGCGAUCAGACAGAACAGGGACUCUAGCGGACUCUGUCUCGGGUUUGGAGGGGACGGGCUUGGAAAACCUCUCGGAAACAUCAUGCUCAUCCGAGACUUCGGAUGUUGAAUCAACGCCUUCAUCUCGGACUUCAGACACCGGCUCAGAAACGCCUCUCAGUGUCCACCUUGAAGAACCCCGGCACCGCAUGGGACGCGCUCGACGCUAA